AUGCCCGAAGUCAUGGCUGCACCAAAUGAACAAAAAUGGAAAGAAAUAGCUUCAGAAUUUUGGAUUUCCUGGAAUUUUCCAAAUUGCUUAGGUGCAAUCGAUGGGAAACAUGUGACAAUUCAAGCACCUCCUAACAGCGGCUCACAGUAUUUUUAUUACAAAAAAACAUUUUCUGUUGUAUUAUUAGCACUGGUCGACGCGCAUUACAAUUUUAUAGCUGUAGAUGCAGGAAGUUAUGACAAAAACAGCGAUGAUGGUAUUUUAAAUCACUCAAUGUUAGGAAAAGCAUUAGAGCAAAAUAAACUGGAUAUACCAGAAAAACAGCAUUGCCAGGUACAACAAAUGAAGUACCAUUCGUUAUAA